AAAUGAAUGUCAUGAAUGUGAAGGUAGUCUCAUAUUGCUUAACUUGACCAUCAAAUGGAAGAUAAUAUAAUUGUAUUAUUUACGUGAGAGAUUGUGCAAAAGAACCCUUCAAAUGAACACGUAGGAGAAGAGCAGACAAUUACAUUGACAACCAAUCAAGCAUGUAGUCUCUCUGGAUCUACUAUUGAAUUUGACUCGCAUUUGCACAAAAACACCUCACCAAGGCGUCAUUGGAUUCAAUUCAAUGAGAGCAGACAAGUCCAAAGUCCAAGCAUAACAAAAGUAAAAUAGCAACACAUCACCCAACAGAAGGCAAUGGGUGGAGGAGAGAGGUGACUGACCCCACAAGAGGAAUAAAACAGGCUGUGGUAGAGCUGUGAACGUUCCAUUUCACCAUUCUAAUGACAUUAAUAUUAAUAUAUUAUAUAUAUUUAUGUCUCCGAAAACUAAGCUUUGAGCUUUGAGCAGAGGCAGAGCAUAAACGUUGUUGUGUGUUUCCUUAGAAAAGAGAGAAAGAAAUAAUGAGCUCCAUGGGUGAGAGCCAGCAGCGGAGCUUGUUUGGGAGUACAAAGGCAUCGUCUCUGCCAGUGUCAACGUCGCGUUCAGACUCUGAAGGAGGCCUUCGCAGACGUCUUUCUUCUCUGUCUCUGAAGAUCCAAUUAGAGAGCCCGAAUUCCUCCUCAUGGUCAUUUCCCAGAUCCAAGUCCCUCUCAUCCAUGGGUGACUAUGCAAGGACAUGGUGGGACUGGAGCUGGGCCUGGAUCCUCUCCAGGAAGCUCAUCUUCGCUACAGAUCUCGAAAUGAACGACCAGGAAACCAAGCUCCUUGCUUCUCAUAACAGGGGCACUUGGAGACAUGUUUUCUAUAAGCUGCGCUCUGAGAUCAGAAGGUUCAUCAAUACUUCUGAUCACACCACUCUUCCCAAAACCUACCACCACAAGUCCACUCCUCAAGUCUUCUCAUAAUUCACAAUGCUUAUGCCUCCUUCAAAUUAUUUAGUCUUUAUUUCAGAUCCACCGUAUGCCUAGCUUCUGCAAUUCGUUUGUUCUUUUUGUUUUUUUUUCCCCACUUAAUGUGUACAAUUAAUUCUUCAUGUUAAUUUGUCCUAUCUCACACUAAGCCUGUACUCAAUUACGUGCAUAUUCUAUAAUCUAUAUUAAUUGUGGAUUGCUAUAAAUUUGCCUAAUGGAACGUCUUAAUUAUUUUUA